AGGGAGAACCCCGCGCUGCUUCCGCACACCAAUCACAGCGCGCGAUCGCUCCUAGAUUUGCAUAACCACGCCCUCUGCUCCGACACCGCCCACCACCGGCUGUAGCCGGGUCUAGGCGCAGUUUGCUCCCAGUUCCCUCCCAGUGCUCCCAGUAAGAGCGGUACUGGCAGGGAGAGCGCUCCCAGUUGCUUCUAGGUGCUGUCAGGAUCGUUACCAGUGCUCCCAGUAUCACUUCCCAGUGCCGCGCGGGGCGCAACCGCUUUGCAAUCCCCCAGGGCGGAGCGCGGCUGCUUUUGCGCGUCGGCACCGGGCCGGGCCGGGCUGGGGGAGGAGGAGCGGAAGGAAGAAGAGUAGUGGAAGGAAGAGCAGCAGCAGAACCGAGCGGCUCACUCGCUCGCCCGCUCUAGGCCGCAGCUUCCCCGACUUCCCCGGCAUCACCCCUCCCCCCGGAAGCCGCAGGUGAGCUGGGAGGGGGAGCUCGCCCCAAAUCCAUCGUGGGGAGGUCUCCUGGAGGUUUCUUUGUGGGGCAGGAGAUGUUUGGAUCUUGCAGGACCCCGAAGCUCAGCCGGAAAUGCCCCGGGAGGGAUCUUGGCGGGUCCCACAUUGCUAUCGCUCGUUCUGGCGGAGAGGGGGCGAGAUCGGUUCUGGGGAUAUCCGGGAGAGCCGUGGGGGAAUACGGGAACCCCGGAGCGGGGAGAGCGCAGAGGGGCGAUCCCGGAGCCGGGGGACCCCCGGCAGCCUGGAGGGGUGUGGGAGGUUGGUGAUAAGCAGCCCCAGGCUCUCUGAGGCUGAAAGGGGCACUGGCUUGUCCAGCUGAACUUGGCCCGCAGGAACAUAAACCCAACGCGCUCAACCCUUCUUUUCCCCCAAAAAUGGAUUUCCCAUUCCUAAACCUUGGCCCGAUGGAGGAUGAGGCCGUGAGGAAGAAGAACAUGCCCCCGGAGCCCCAGGCAGACAAGGAGCUGAGGAUGGAGACCAGGGAGGACAAAUCCCUGCAGCAGAACCUUGUGGAAGAGGCUGUUUGGAGCAGCUCCAUUGCACAGGAAACCAGCGAGGAGGAAAAGCCCGGGAGAUCCCACAUGAGGAUGGGCUGCAAACACAGUUCUUGGGUAUCCGAGGAGGAGAACCAGGGCCAAAGAACCGGACAGAGCUGCAGCCAGAGCUCAGAGCUGGGGUUCCAUGAGCAUCUUCAUGAUGCGGAUAAGCCCCACAAGUGUUCAAAUUGUGGGAAGAGCUUCAGCAAGAGAUCCUCCCUGAUCUGGCACUGGAGAAUCCACAUGGGGGAACGGCCCUAUGAGUGUGGGGAGUGUGGAAAGAGCUUCAGUACGAGAUUCAAACUGAUCCGCCACCAGAUGAUCCACACUGGGGAGAGGCCCUAUGAAUGUGACAUACGCAGGAAGAGGUUUCAGACCAGCUCCAAUCUCGUCAUGCAUCAGCGGAUUCACACAGAAGAGAGGCCCUUCCGCUGCCCUGACUGUGGGAAGGGCUUCAAAUACAACUCCCGCCUUGUCUCCCACAGGCGCAUCCACACUGGGGAGAUGCCCUAUGAGUGUGGGCAGUGUGGGAAGUGCUUCAGGACAAGCUCUGAACUGAUUGUCCACCAAAGGAUCCACACAGGGGAACAGCCCUAUGAGUGUGAUAAAUGCAGCAAGAGGUUUCUGACCAGCUCCAGUCUCCUCCUGCACCAGCGCAUUCACAUAGAGGAGAGGCCCUUCUGCUGCCCCGACUACAGGAAGGGCUUCAGGCACAACUCCAACCUCGUCACCCACCGGCGCAUCCACACUGGGGAGAGGCCCUAUGAGUGUUCUGAGUGUGGGAAGAGCUUUUCACAGAGCUCUCACCUGACCAAACACCAAUGGAGGCACCACUAAGGGAAGCCCUGCAAAUCAAGUGCAGGAAGAGCUUCAUGUGCUGCUCCAGCUCCAUUCUCCAUGGCAGGAUCUGUGCUGGAUGAUGCCGAGUGACCCCUGGUGGGCAGAGCCCCGGUGAUCCAUGUUAGGAAGACACCUGGCUGGGCGGCUCUUCAUCCUCCUGGCUUCCCUUGAGCACCUGGACAUAUCCACAGAUCAACAUCAGAAAUCCAUUGUGAAGAGCACGUUUGUCGACUUCUGACCCGAGAAAAAUCUCACUCUUUGCAUCUUCUGGUGGCAUCAAGCAACACUGAAUGGCCUUGGAGGUCUUCUCCAAUAGAAAUCCAUCAUUUUAAUCCUUUCUGGCUCAUGGGCAUCUUCCACAGCCAAAUGGGAACAUAUUGGGGCAAACCCCACAAUUUUGGAGAUGGUGGGGUGGAAACCCCUUCAAAAAGGGUUCUUCCCACCCAGCCAAGCAUGUGGAUGCUUUGCCAGCAG